AUGAAAGUUGUUCGUGUAAGAUUACGUCUCAUUGAAGAGAUUUUGCAGGAUAAAGAGCUUAAUGUUAAAGUAAUAUUGUUGAUUCGCGAUCCUCGAGGAGUGAUGCAGUCAAGGCAACAUCGUAACUUCUGUCAACCGUCACCAGAUUGUUGGAAGCCAGAAUUGCUUUGUGCUGAUAUGAUCAGUGAUUAUGUGGCUGCUGGACGGUUAUUGCAGCAGUACCCAGACCGUCUAAUGGUGUUACGGUACGAGGACCUAGCAUUAAACCCGAACGGCACUACGCAUCGACUCUUCAAGUUCCUAGGGCUGGGCGUGGCGCAGCCAGUGGAGGAGUUCCUGCACUCGCACACCAACGUCGAGGUGGCGGGCGUGAGCUCCACCUUCAGGGUCUCCCGAGAUGUGCCUUUCAGAUGGAGGAAUGUUCUCGACUUCGACUACGUUGAAGAUAUUCAGAUAACGUGCAGAGAAGCGAUGAGCCUGUGGGGAUAUAAAAUGGCGCACAACGCAUCUCACAUGACAAGCAAAGACUUCUAUCCUCUUGAGCAAUAUUCCCUUGUACAA